AUGUCUAACUCUACCACAGUGACUGAAUUUCUGCUUACAGGAUUUUCUGAUGUGUGGGAGUUCAGAGUCUUACACACAAUGUUAUUUUCACUAAUGUACUUGGCUACUCUCACAGGAAAUCUUCUCAUUGUCACAGUAAUCACUGUUGAUCAAAGACUUCAUACCCCCAUGUAUUUCUUUAUCCUGAAUCUGUCUUUUAUUGAUUUGUGCUGUAUCUCAGUCACCAUGCCUAAGUCCAUCCACAGCUCCCUACACUCUAUCUCUUACCUUGGUUGUGCGGCUCAAGUCUAUUUUUUCUUUGCUUUUGCAUCUGCUGAGUUAGCUUUUCUCACUGUCAUGUCCUACGACCGAUAUGUGGCCAUUUGCCAUCCCCUCCAUUAUGGAGCCAGGAUGACUUCAGGGAAAUGCCACCAGAUCUCCGCUAUAGCCUGGUUCAUUUGUUUUUCCUAUGCUACCGUCCACACUGGGAACAUGUUUGGGGAGCCCAUUUCAAGAUCCAACAGGAUUCACCAGUUCUUCUGUGACAUCCCUCAGGUGCUGGCCCUGGUGUCCUGUGAGAUGUUCCUUGUUGAGUUUGUGUCUCUGGCGAUCAGCUCAUGCUUGGUCGUUUGAUGCUUUGUUCUUAUGAUCAUCUCAUAUUACCGGAUCUUCUCGACAGUAUUCAGGAUCCCGUCAGUAGAAAGUAGAGCUAAAGCCUUUUCCACUCGCUCCCCACAGCUGAUUGUCAGCAUGCUCUUUCUCACCACCAGGCUCUUUGCUGCCCUGGGACCAAGUGCCACAACUUCAUCCAUUCAAGAUGUAGCGAUUGCUGUGGCGUACACAAUCCCCCCCCCAUUCUUGAAUCCCAUCAUAUAUAGUCUUAGAAAUGAGACAAAAGCUUCUCUGUGGCGACUCUUUAACAAAAUACAGCCUUUGCAAAAGUGA